AUGUCCAAGUCUUCCUCCAUCGAGGACGAGAAAUUCGUCCCUGACGAGAGCGUCACGGCCCCGCAUGGAUCGAACUCGGCAGUCACUGUACCCAUCCCGGAGGGAGUUGUCCCCGCCCGCGUCCUGCGCAAACUCGACUGGCACCUGCUCCCCUUCGUAUCUGCUCUGUAUCUGCUUUCCUUCCUUGACCGCUCCAACAUCGGCAAUGCGAAGGUUGCUGGGCUCACGAAGUCUCUUAACCUUACCGGGGUGCAGUACAACUUGUGUUCUGCCGUCUUCUUUAUUCCGUACUGCUUCUUUGAGAUCCCGUCUAACCUGGCCAUGAAGCGCCUUCGACCCUCGCGGUGGAUUCCCGGGAUCAUGGUUGCCUGGGGUCUCGUCAUGCUCAGCAUGGCCUUCGUGAAGAACUUUGGUGGUCUGAUUACUGCCCGUGUCUUUUUGGGCAUAACCGAGUCUGGUCUUUUCCCGGGGGUGACAUUUUACCUAUGCCUGUGGUACCCGCGUGCAACACAGGCUCAGCGCGUCUCGAUCUUCUUGUCCGCGGCCACCGUAGCUGGCGCGUUUGGAGGUAUCCUUGCCUUCGGGAUUGAGAAGAUGAACGGUCUGCGUGGGCUCGCGGGAUGGUCUUGGAUCUUCCUGCUCGAGGGAAUCGUCACUGUCCUCGUUGCUCUCAUUUCGUACUUCUGCAUGUAUGACUUCCCCGAAACCGCGACGUUCUUGACGCCCGCAGAGCGUACCUGGUUGAUCGACACCCUGAAGGCGGACAACACGGGGCUUGCGAAGGGUUUCAAAUGGGACUUCCUGUUCCAGGCGUUGAAGGACCCACACUCGUACCUCUUCAUCGGUGUUUACCUCUUCCUCCUGAUCCCGACAUACGCGUUCGCGCUUUUCCUUCCUACCAUUAUCGCAGCACUAGGCUACAGUGCCUCGCAUGCCCAACUGCUCUCGGUGCCGCCGUACGCAGCGGGCUGUGUCUUCACCAUCGCGACCGGCAUGCUUUCCGACCGAUGGCGCAAGCGCGGGCCCUUCAUUCUGCUGGGCGCCUUGACAGCGCUCGUGGGCUACGUGGUGCUAUUCGCGACGUCGACCCCUGGUGCAGGGUACGCAGGCACGAUCAUCGCGGGCUGCGGGCUCUUCCCCGCUGUCGCCUGUGUGCUAUCGUGGGCGGGCGGGAACACGGGAGGGGAAGUCAAGCGCGGAGUUGUCAUCGCGAUGACGAUCGGCGUGGGCAACCUCGGCGGGAUCGCGAGCUCGUUCAUCUACCGUACGCAGGACAGCCCGCGGUACCACCCCGGGCACGCCACGAACAUCGGGUGCCUGUGUGCCUGCGCGGUACUCAGUAUCAUCGGGAUGGCGGAAUUCCACCGGCUCAAUAGGCAGAAGGACGCGAUGUGCGAGAGGGACGGGAUCAAGCCCGACGCGGACGCGGAGGAGUUCAAGGACAUGGGCGAUAAGAGCCCGUUGUAUCGGUACACAUUAUGA